GUGGGCCUGGGGGCGAUGGGCGGGUGUGACCUGCGCCUCCUUUGUGACUUGGCGGGGGUGGAGGGACAGGCAGGGUCUGUGACACCGACAGCCGCGGGGGCCGAAGCGCGUGACCGGCGCAGGGGUGGGCCCAGAGGCAGGAAGGCCAAGCCGCUGAAAGCCCGCAUGGAGGAGAAGAAGACGCUCUCGUCCGCUUCGUCGGGUGGAGACAAGAGAGAAGAAAACAAACUGAAACGAGGGAUUUCCCAAGACUUGCCUUCUUCCCCCAGACUGGACAAAUACAAAAUAGCAAGACAAUUGACGGAAAAAGCCAUCAGGGAAAAGAAGAUCUUCUCCAUCUAUGGGCACUACCCGGUGAUCCGGGCGGCUCUGCGCAGGAAGGGCUGGGUGGAGAAGAAGUUCCACUUUCUGCCCAAGGCGGCCGUGAGUGCCGAGGACGCAGGGGACAGGGCUGCUGGUAACGAGUGGGAAGUCAGAGAACAUCAAGAGAUGGCCUUGGACAGAGCAGACAUCCACGAAGUGAUGUCCAGGUUGGUAAAAAAUGAAAUCCCGUACUUCCUCUGGACCAUCAAGCGGGACGUCGUGGACUACCACAGCCUGGCCGGGGACCAGAUGCUGAACCACUACGGGAAGACGGCCGCCUUCACCACCAAGAUCGGGCUGUGUGUGAACAUGCGCAGCCUGCCCUGGUACGUCCAGGCCGACCCCGACACCUUCUUCCCACGCUGCUACAGCCUCUGCACCGAGAGCGAGAAGCAGGAGUUCCUGGACGACUUCCGGCGCACGGCGGCCUCCAGCAUCCUCAAGUGGGUUGUCAGCCACCAGAACUUCAGCAGAAGCAAACCCAAGGGCAAGCGGGCGGAUUCCGGGAACGGAGACCCAGACGGCAAGAAAGAUCCCGAGAACGCGGACACAAAGCUCAGGGGCCUUUCCGGGAAGCUCGUGGACACGGCGUGCAGGGUGUGCCAGGCCUACCUGGGGCAGCGGGAGCAUGAGGACCUCGACAUGCCAGAGGACGCUGUGGAGGACCUCACCGAGGACGAGUGGAGGGACCUGACCCAGCAGUACUACUCGCUCAUCCACGGCGAUGCUUUCAUCUCCAAUUCAAGAAAUUACUUUUCGCAGUGCCAGGCUCUGCUGAGUAAAAUCACGUCAGUGAACCCUCAGCUGGAGAUCGACGGGCUGCGAAACAUCUGGAUCAUAAAGCCCGCGGCCAAGUCCCGGGGUCGAGACAUAGUGUGCAUGGACCGCGUGGAGGACAUCCUGCAGCUGGUGGCCACAGACCAGCCUCCCGCCAAGGACAAGUGGGUGGUGCAGAAGUACAUCGAGACGCCCAUGCUCAUCUACGACACCAAGUUCGACAUCAGGCAGUGGUUCCUCGUCACCGACUGGAACCCGCUGACCAUCUGGUUCUACAAGGAGAGCUACCUGAGGUUCUCCACGCAGCGCUUCUCCCUGGACAACCUGGACAGCGCCAUCCACCUGUGCAACAACUCCAUCCAGAAGCACCUCAAGAACGACAAGAGCCGCAGCCCCCUGCUGCCCGGGCACAACAUGUGGACGAGCUCCCGGUUCCAGGAGUACCUGCAGAAGCGAGGCCGCGGGGCCGUGUGGGGCAGUGUCAUCUACCCGGCCAUGAAGCGGGCCAUCACCAACACCAUGCGGGUGGCCCAGGACCACGUGGAGGCCCGGAAGAACAGCUUCGAGCUGUAUGGCGCCGACUUCAUCCUCGGCAAGGACUUCAAACCCUGGCUGAUCGAGAUCAACUCCAGCCCCACCAUGCACCCCUCCACGCCGGUCACCGCCCAGCUGUGCGCCCAGGUGCAGGAGGACACCAUCAAGGUGGUGGUGGACCGCAAGCUGGACCGCAACUGCGACAUUGGCAACUUCGAGCUCUUGUGGAGACAGCCCGUCGUGGAGCUGCCGCCGUUCAGCGCGGCCGACCUGUGCGUGGAGGGCGUGGGCGUGAGGAAGGCCCGCAGGCCGGUGCUGCCCAUCUCCAGCUUCAGCUUCGCGCCCGCGCACCUGGACGUCCCGCCGCUGAGAGUGCAGUGCCCGCCGGCCUCACCCGAUGGAGCCCGGACAUCCACGCGUACAGCAGUCUCGCAGGACUCGAAGCCGAGGGACGAAAAGGGACUUUCCCGCGCGCUGCCCGCGCCCCCGCCGACGCCGCCUCCGAGGAGCUGUAGCGUGAAGCCCGCGCUCGCCCUCCCGGGGCCCGGGGGGAUGCCGGAGCUCAUCUCCUGCAGCUACCCGCUCCUAGGCUCAAAGACCCCGCCCACCGUGCUCUCCAAGGCCCCCGCCGCCCGGCCCCAGGACCCGCGCGCCCUGGCGCCCCUGGCGCAGGGGGCCCUGCAGCCCCCGCAGCCGCCACCCAGAGCUACAGCCGAGGGCCGGCCGCCCGCCGUGCCUGGUGUGCCAGGGCUCGCCGCCCUCCGGGCGGUGCAAGCGCUGCAGCUCCUUCUGCGCCGCCGUCCUGCGCGGCGCCUCCUUCGUGCCGCUCGGCGGCCGGGCCGGCAGCCCGUGGAGCCCGUGACGAGGACCAGCGCGGACGAGGACGGGACCUCGAAGACGCGAGCCCGGGCCCCGCGGCCUGCAGGCGCGGCUGGCUGCUUUGGAGACCUGCACGUAGAGGAGGGACCUUGUAUACAGAGCUAUUUUAGAGAAAUCGCGCGAUCUCACCCUGGUAUUUCUUACUGAGCCCUGCCUUCUCCCAGUGCCUGCACCUGUCUGCUGGCAGAGCCCCCGUGCCCCCAGCCCGCACCCUGCCCCCACC